AUGUUUUCGUUUCCUCGUUAUUUAAUUCCUCGACGCCGCGAAAAUAUUUUGAAUAUUAUUUUAUUUGCUAUUCUUUUAUCUUUUUUUAUAUUUAUUCGCUUAAAUGAUGAUGUAAAAUAUAAAAUGCCUCAACACUCAGGAAUCACAUGGCCUCCACCAUAUACAAUUGUAAUGGAUCAUAUCAUACCAGAUUAUGAUAAGAAACGAAAUGGUCCAGGUGAAAAUGGUGCAGCGGUUAGGCUAAAUAGAAGAGAAGCGAUUCGUGGAAAAGCUGAUAUGAAGAAAUGGUUCAUGAAUGUUGUUGCUAGCGAUAAAAUUUCCUUGGAUCGAAACAUACCAGAUGCGCGAAAUCCAGCUUGUUUUACUGUCAGCUAUGGCAAUGAUUUGCCGCAUGCAACAGUUGUGAUUAUAUUUACAGAUGAAGCCUGGUCGCCACUUUUACGCACAGUGCAUUCGGUUAUAAAUCGUUCACCUUUAAAGUUUCUUGACGAAGUUCUACUUGUUGAUGAUUUUAGUCAAAGAGAUGAACUACAUGAAAAGCUAGAUGAUUACAUCAAACGUUUUGGAAAAUUGGUUCGCUUAAUUCGCCUCAAAGAGCGCCAUGGUUUGAUUCGUGCAAAACUUGAAGGAGCUAAAGCAGCAAAAAGUGAAGUCAUCGUGUUUUUAGAUUCGCAUUGUGAAGCAAAUCAUGGCUGGUUAGAACCAUUACUUCUUCGAUUGAAAGAAAAAAGAUCUGCAGUUAUUUGUCCAAUUAUUGACUAUAUUUCUGCUGAAAAUAUGCAAUAUAUAGUUUCGGAACCUGAUGGCGUUGGAGGAUUUUGGUGGAGUUUGCAUUUUCGCUGGGAUAUAUUAAGCAAAACAGAAAUUAAUAGACGUAAAACAGCUAUUGAACCUAUCAGAUCUCCUACUAUGGCUGGCGGUCUUUUGGCAGCGAAUCGACAAUAUUUUCUGGACAUUGGUGGCUAUGAUCCAGGGAUGGAUAUUUGGGGUGCCGAAAAUCUGGAAAUUUCGUUCAGAGUGAUUCCUUGCAUUCCUGUGUGGAUGUGUGGUGGUACCAUUGAGUUUAUUCCUUGUUCUCAUGUUGGUCAUAUUUUUCGAGCUGGUCAUCCAUAUAAUAUGACUGGGAGGGAUGGAAAUAAGGAUGUGCAUGGAAUUAAUUCAAAGAGAUUAGCUGAAGUUUGGAUGGAUGAUUAUAAGCGUUUGUUCUACUAUCAUCGACUUGACCUUGUGAAAAAGGAUGCAGGUGAUCUUUCUGAAAGAAAAGCGUUAAGGCAACAACUGAAAUGUAAGUCGUUCAAGUGGUAUUUAAAUAAUGUUGCUCCAGAUAAAUUCAUUUUGGAUGAAGAUGUUGCUGCUUUUGGAGCGGUAAAAAAUCCGAAAUACGAUGUUUGCCUAGAUACACUACAAAAAGAUGAAAAAAACCCCAUAAAUUUAGGUUUAUUUUCAUGUCAGUCAGGUGGAAGUUCUGCACAACUUUUCUCGCUUACUAAUGAUGGUCGUUUGCGACGGGAAAGUUCUUGUGCAAAAGCUGUAAGACAUCGGGAAGAUGGUCCAGGUAUUGUUCGCAUGGUGGAUUGUGCAGGUUCCAAUUUAAAAUGGGUAUAUUUGAAUGGAUCUCUAAAGCAUUUGGGUAGUGAGCUAUGUUUGGAUGCAGCUGGUUUAAACUAUAACGAUGAUGUUCUUGUGCGUGAAUGCUUAAAUCAGGGAUCUCAAAUAUGGCAAUUUGUCAAUUUCUAUCCUCACGUACAGUGA